GAACCUAAAUGAAUACAGACCGCAUCCAGGCUCGUUUUCUCUGUCUUCUUUCCUCCUCUAGAGAAAUCACAAACUUGAGAGAAUCUGCAAAAUUGAUUCUUCGGUUCUUCUUCCUAUAAAACCAAAAUAACCUAAACUUUUCAAUCGUUAGAUGAGAUUACACACACUCCGGGGAGCUGUUGAGCACUGACGGCGAUGGAGACUGGUGUGGGUCACGUGAAAGUUUGGAUUUUUAGGGUUUGAAGAUUCCAAAAAAAAAGCAGUUCAAAUUUUGAAUAAAGGCUCAAGUGAUCUUCAUUCAAAUGGCAAAUUCAGUUAGCUUAAGAGAAGAGGAUCCUCUGUUGAAGGAUCUGAGUGAGAAGAAGCAGAGUUUCAGGAGAAAUGUUGUGUCUUUGGCUGCUGACUUGAAACAAGCAAGGACUCGUCUCGCUGAACAGGAGCGUUUCUGUUCACAAGAAGCCAUCUCGAGGCAGGAAGCAGAAACAAGAGUUAAGAGGAUGGAAGAUGAAAUGCUCGAACUUUCUAAGGAAUUAAACAAGAAAGUUGAGCAGAUCCGUGCCUCGGAUGUUGCUACUGAGAAGUAUGUGAAGGAACUAGGUGAUAUCAAGUCACAGCUUGCAGCAACACAUGCAACUGCAGAGGCAAGUGCUUUGUCAGCUGAAUCAGCUCAGUCUCAGUGCAUACUGCUCUCCAAACAUUUGCACGAGAGGACUGGUUCAUUAAAAGAGCAAGAGGACCAAGUAACUCGACUCGGUGAGCAGCUAGAGAAUCUACAAAAGGAGCUGAAAGCUAGAGAAUCUUCACAGAAGCAGCUAAGAGAUGAUGUUUCGAAAGUUGAAGGUGACAUUAUGCGUGUUGCACUUGCAUCAGAGGUCAAUACAAAGGAGAAUUCGGAGCUAGAUGAAGAUUCUCCAAAGAAUUUUGAAAGAAUCGACAAACUUUUGAGGGUUAAAGAUGACGAGAUAGCAAGACUGAGAGAUGAACUAAAGAUUAUAUCUGCUCACUGGAGGUUUAAGACACAGGAGUUGGAAGAUCAGGUGGAGAAUCAAAGGAGAAUUAACCAAGAGCUUAAAAAGAAGGUGCUGAAGCUAGAGUUUUGCCUUGGCGAAACACGCAUCCAAACUCGAAAACUUCAUAAGAUAGGAGAGCGAAACGACGUGGCGAUACAAGAACUCAAGAAGCAACUGGCUGCGAAAAAGCAGCAUGAAGCUGAUCCUUUUAGCAACCAAAACUUCUGGGACAAAUCAGGUUUCAAGGUUGUUGUCUCCAUGUCGAUGCUGAUUUUAGUUGCCUUUUCUAGGCGUUAAAUUAUCGAAAGAAUUCAUCUUAGAUUAUGUAUCAAAGUAGAUAGACAGUAUCUAUCCUACAUUGUAUGAAGGAUUAAGUUCACACCUCUUUGUUCCUAAUGAGAGAUGCUUAGAAGGAAACAAACGGAAGUUUUCUGUACAAAACCGAAACAUGAGCGUUGAAUCAAACAAAUUUAUAAUGUCUUA